AUGGGUCUACAACUUGAUCAUGGUGUUGAUGUAAAGGGCAUCGUACGUCGCCCGGGCUGCCAGGUGGCGGGCUUCCUGACGGUGUUCGCGUCGGAGCUGUCGGUGUACACGCUGACGGUGAUCACGGGCGAGCGCUGGUACGCCAUCACGCACGCGCUGCACCUGGACCGCCGGCUGCGGCUGGGCACGGCGGGCCGCGUCAUGGCCGCCGGCUGGCUGUACGCCGUCUCCAUGGCGGCGCUGCCGCUGCUCGGCGUCAGCGGCUACUCCAGGACCAGCAUCUGCCUGCCGAUGGAGAACCGCGACGCGGGCGACACAGCGUACCUGGCGACGCUGCUGCUGGUGAACGCGCUGGCAUUCGCGCUGGUGUGCGCCUGCUACGCGCGCAUCUACUGCGCCAUCCGCGGGAGCGGCGGGACGCGCCGGGGAGCGGCGGCGCGGUCGGACGCGACGGUGGCGAAGCGGAUGGCGCUGUUGGUGUUCACGGACUUCGCGUGCUGGGCGCCGGUGGCGUUCUUCGGGCUGACGGCGCUGGCGGGCCGGCCGCUGCUGGGCGUGCCGCGCGCCAAGAUCCUGCUGGUGUGCUUCUACCCGCUGAACGCGUGCGCCAACCCCGUGCUGUACGCGCUGCUGACCAAGCAGUACCGGCGAGACCUGCGCGCGCUGCUGGGCCGCGGCGGCCGCUCCGGCACCGCCUCGCGCGGCCGCAAGGAGCCGCUGGCCGCCGCCGCCAACCACGCCUGCUCCAACCACCACGCGGGCCCGCACCCGCCGCCGGGCGUCGCCACGGUCGCCACGGCGACGGCGACGGCGACCGGGCUGUUCUCGGACGGGCCCGGCAGGCCCGCGGGCAGUCCGCAGCAGGCGCCCCAGUCGGACGCGCAGCCGCGGCCCACGUCGUCGCCGCCCAGCGAGGGAGUCACCACCAGCUCGAGCAGCCAGCAGCAGCCGCGCGGCGGCUCUCCGCACCCGCUGCGCAACUCCAACACGCGGCUCAACUUGAGCGGCGACCAGGAGCUGGUGCUGAAGCGCGCGCUGCUCGAGGCGCAGGCGCUCGCGCGCCCGCCCUCACCCGCCGUCUACUCGGACUCGCACCUGUAA